CCAGGUCUUCUCCAGGUCGUUGAACAUGAGCCACUCCCUUGACACUGACCUUGCAGGCUUAAGGCUUGAUGUUACCGAUGCGUACGACGAUCCGAUCGGCGCUGGAGGACAUGACUCCAACGUUAAUUCAGCACCUUCAUAUUACGGUUCGCUCGACGUUUCGACACAACAAAUCCGACUCCUCCACCUUCAGCCCGGCAAGGAUGACGAGCCAAUACACUGCUACCUCAGCGUAGCAUCUCUGGACCAAGACAUCGAAUACGAAGCACUCUCAUACGUAUGGGGGACCCUCGUUGAUUCCGAUCUCAUCCAAUGCAACAUGCAAUCGACGUGCGUCGGCAGAAAUCUGUUCUUAGCUCUCAAAAGUCUUCGCUGUGAUGACGACUCGGAGCGUGUGCUUUGGAUCGAUGCUCUAUGUAUCAACCAGGCGGACCUGAAAGAGCGCAGUAGUCAGGUGGCCAUCAUGGCCGAAAUUUACCAGCGAGCGGCCCGUGGAAUUGCAUAUCUGGGGGAGUGCUGGGAUGGCUGUGAAGACGCAUUCGAGGCUAUACGCGAAUUGGGAAAGAUGAGGCAUCUCUUUAGUCACGGAAUUCCAGACAAAAACGGCAGUCCAAGAGUCAAAGGUGUCGGGCUGGAAUCUCCAGAACUGCUGAACAACGUGCUAAGGUUCUUGGAAACGCCCUGGAUUUCCAGAUUAUGGACGCUGCAAGAAUUUCUGCUUCCACAGAAAAUGAUCUUCUACUAUGGCCGAAUGUCUGUUUCUAAAAAGACAAUCUUUGUCCUCGCACAUAUGAGUGCUCGCGCUGUCAACAGUUGCUGUAUGGCCGAUGGAACUCACGAUGGGAAUAGGAGCUCGCGUUACAGAAUUGCAAUCGCUAGAUGGAAAGCCUUCAAGGUUCGCAGCAACAGAGUGGUUCCGUUAGAGGAGCGGGCGUCUCACCUUCGGCUUUUGGAAUGGUACCGCUACCGAGACGCGGUUGACCCUCGCGAUAAAGUCUUUGGUCUACUAGGCCUGUGUGGAGAAAAAUGGGCUAGAGUUAAUCCACCAGACUAUUCGAUGACGGCCGAAGAAGUCUUCACGCGAGCAGCUUUAACUGACGCCCAGAUUCUCAAGCGCCUCGACUUUCUUAGUUUUCGCAACGCAGAAUCCAUGCCGAGUUUGCCCUCUUGGGUCCCGGAUUGGUCAUCACGUACUCAGGAGGGCUCUGAAGAACGAUAUAGACGCGUAUCCAACCUUUCUUACCAAGCAUGUGGACCCUAUGGAACAUACACUGUACGUUCCUCCAAUGGGCCAUACGGAGUUGAGCUGGCCGUUAUCGGACACGUGGUGGGCACGAUUGUCGAACGCUCUUCGCCUAUCGACAAGGCAGCCUGCUUGAGCGAUUCCGAGCACUUCCGGAAAGCAUUUCGUGAGAUACGAACAAUCACUCAGGCUGAAACAAACGGGAAAGAUUUAUAUAGAUUGUCUUAUCGGCCCGUUGAAGAGGAGUACUUGUCCAGUCUGGUCUGCGGGAUGAGAGUUCGCGAUUUCGACAGUGAUUUCGAACAAGGCCAGACUCCUGCCAACAUAUGGCAACGGACCAAAGAUCUUUUUGAAGCUUGGGAGGCUUCUUACUGCGUGAACCUCAGCAUCGACUUCCCGACGGGACUCCCUGUCAGCAAAUUGAAUGAUGUGUUUGUCCAGAAUAUCCUCACACGAUGUUUUGUUCGACUAGAUCUCGACUGUUUUGGAUGGGCCCCUUCGAAUGCCCACUCAGGAGACCUUGUGGUCGUUCUUCACGGCGGUCGAGUUCCAUAUGUACUACGGCCAAUUGGAAAUGAUUAUUACACAUUCGUUGGGGAUGCUUACAUCCAUGGCAUGAUGAAGGGCGAGAUCUUUCAGGCAAUCGAAGACUUAACAGAGUCAAUAGAGUCCAUAGUUGAGGAGUUCAUACUUGUAUAAGCAAUAC